GGAAAAGAAGGGGAAGCAUGGAGAUUAACAUUAACAUCCCUCUCCCUGAUGAGUUGGUGCAGGAAAUCCUGUUGAGGUCACCUGUGAAAUCUCUUGUUCGAUUCAAAUGUGUAUGUAAGUCAUGGCUUUCUCUCAUCUCUGAUCCCUCUUUUGCAAAUUCGCAUUUUGAACUAUCUGCUGCUCCCUCCCAUAGACUUCUCUUCAAAACACGUUAUGGUUCCGAAGCUCAUUCCAACGAUGUGGACGCGUCGUUUCACGAUGAUUCUGCUUUUGUGAGACUCGUUCAUCCGCUUCCAGAGUCUGCUAUGUUUCCUUAUGGUUUUCAGGUUUUGGGUUCCUGCAGAGGGUUUGUUCUUUUCAUUGGGAGAGACUCAAAUCUCUAUAUAUGGAAUCCAUCAAAUGGUUUUCACAGACGACACCUAUCAUUCUCUGAUUUUAUACGAAAGUUACGUCGUUCCCAUAAUCGUACGCUUCUAAUUGGUUUUGGGUAUGACUCAUCCACUGAUGAUUACUUGGUAGUUGUUUUAUGGCUUGAGGAGGAGGAAACCCACAUGGUGCUUUUCUCUUUGAGAACCAAUUUAUGGAAAAAAAAUCCAGGUUUCCCAUAUUCCCCGUAUGUAUUUCUACAGUUAUCAUGGAUUGUUCUUUAA